CGUUUACGUCGUGUGUCGGGACCACUUAGCCCGGUGCUAAAUGAAGUUGUGGCUGGAUCUUUGGGAACCAGCGGAUUUGAAUCAUGCGUGUUUGGAAAGCUAGCUAAAAUGGCGGAAGAAAUAAAAGUGGAUCAUAAAAGUGCCACUGUUUUUCUGAUCUUUCUUGUUGGAAUGAACCCUAUAAGACCUAGUAAGAAAGCACACAGACUACAUGUAAACAUUCAGAUCUUAUAUUUCAGAUUGCAACUGUACAUUUUAAGACAUUGUCUUUAAAAUCAGAGACAUUUAAGCUAGCAAUUAUUAAAUAAAAUUGGAAAUAACAAAGCAAAUAUAAAGCCACAUUUUCUUGUGUGUUUCCCCAUCGAAAGUGACUAAAAGGACCCUUGAACAUAUUACUGCAAAACCCAUUAAUCAAGACUUUAAAGAAAAAGAAGAAGAGUAAAUACACCUUUACGAUAAUUCAGGAAAACUAACACUCCAUCGCAGCUUAUUUAGCGAUCGGAGGAGGUAAACAUCACACUUAUAAGAGUUUAUUAAUGAGAAAACAUGUUUUUUUGUGAUAACUUUUCUUGCCACACCUUGUUUUUAAUGCAAAGUACACAUAAGUUGUAUCUCAUUAUUAUUAACGUUUCCUGAAAAUUUGAAAGAAAUUGAUACAACAGAAGUUAAAAAAUUGGAGAAAACACGCUUUCGUCUCUAACAAACUCUCAUAAAAACACGAUUUUUACCUCCUUUUUUUCUGAUAUUGUAAAACGAUGGAGAGCCGUAGGAAUGCAUGUACAAUUGAUUAUCGUAAAGGUGUAUUAUUAUAACUAGCUAGAAAUUUUAUUUUGUGGAUUAUUAUUAAAUAUUCCUUUUUGCCAGAAUAAUAAUAGAAGUAGUGCUAGGAAUGCAUUAGAGAGAGAUGGGUUAAAAACAAUGAGCUGCAUGGACUCAUUACCAAGAUUAAUACUCUUUUAAAACGCGUUUUGAUACAAAAUGAACACUUUACCAGAUGGGUUGAUCAAUGCUGACAGAAGCCUGUGGCAAAUUUUAAUCUUAUAUAGCUAGUCCUUUUGCAUCAUAGGUCCUGCACAAAAUUUACAAUCAGGAAACAAGAUGGUGACUGAGACAAAUCUUUGUCCCUGACUAAUAUUUUGCAACUUUAACGUCAAAUAUCUUGCUAACAAAUCAAAACAAGUAUAAAAUAUUAUUUUCAUAAUUAGUACAAUACUUUCAGUUGAUUUUUUAUAUUUUUUUCUAAGUGGAAGGUAAGCUUUUAAGUAGGUAGCAAGCUAGCUAUACAAAAUAUCUCAAGCCCCCAGAAGAGUGUCUUAAGCCAAAAUUUUUAUUCUUUCUCAGCUUAACGAAUUCUUUUGCAAGUCUAUAAUUUUAAACUUAGUCAUUCUUCUAACAAGUGUUUUUUUUUUGAUAUUAUAUAUAUUAAAAAAACACUUGUUAGAAGAAUGGUGUAGUUUUUCUAACAACAGGAUCUUCUGUUUUAAAAAGUAUGACACAAAAAAUAUUUGGUUAGUGUCCCUUUGAAGGUCCAGAAGAGAUUUGCUGAGUCAUAAGGCAAUAAAAUGAAAAGGUGUUUCCUUUAAAAAAGGUUACAUUAUUUUGGGGACAAUUAAUUCGUUUGGCCAAAGUCAGCUUUAGCCAUCAUCUAGUUAAACUAAUUUCCCGCAAAUUGUAGGAUCCCUUUUCUAUUGUGUAGGAUCCCCUUUCUAUUGUGUAGGAAAGGGCAUGUGUGCAAAUAAGUAAAGGUGAUUUUUAAAAUAAGAAUUUGCACAUACGCAUGAAUAUAAAUUAAGUGGGAAUUUACCUGUAGUAGCUCAGUGGUUUUAACUCUUGUACUUUGUGCGAGAGACAGGGUUUGAUUCCCCUUGGCAGCAAUUCAAUAUAGGCGAGUGAAUGUUACUGUAGCCGCGGGUUUACCCAAUCCAUGUAAGGAAAAUUGGGGAGAUGGCACAAAAUAUGGGCCGUUGGAUGUUGGAGAAAGUUGUCUUGUGGAGUGCGGACCCUAAUUGGGUCUGCGUAGCUCAAAAUGUGCAUUAAAUACUCUAGAACUCCCCGUCAAAGCCCUCCUGGAAACAAUAGACAGGGUAUAUCCAUCAUUAUUUGUGAGGCUAGCCAUUUUAUAUUUUCACAUCUAUCCAUGUAUCUAGUAACAAGUUUUUAAUGUAGAAAUGUAUAUAUUACAAACGUCUUUGAACUGUCUUUCUCCAGCUUCAGUAAAAUCUGUAUUAACGGCCACCUCUCUAUAACAACCACCUGCUUAUAACGACCACUUUAAAAUACACCCCUUCAAUUUUGUAGUAGUUGAACCUGCUUAUAGCGACCACCUCCCUAACACAACAAACGACCACAAACCAGUAGUUGCGUUUUUGUUUUCCUGGUAUUUUUAUUGUUUGGAACUCCCUUUAUUCUGCACAAUGUUCAAUAAAGCUAACUCUAUUGUUACUUACAUGCUACAUGAUUACAUUAUUUUUUUUUGAUAAACUGCUCUUGUCUUACAAAAUUAUUUAUCUUGCACAGUGCACUAUAUUUAAUUGUAAAAAUAUUUACACGGUUGGCUAAUAUGCCACCAAAGUAAUAAAGUCAAAAUAGGUUUUAUUUAGAACUUAUCAGAUUUAUGUCUGAUAGUACUCCAAUUUUUGUUUUUACUGCUUCUACACUAAGUAGUUGUCUGAUGAUACAGAACACAAUAUACACAUAUUUUCUAAGGGUGCCAGUGAGAAGAAACAAGUUGAGUUCAUUGCAUUAGAUUCAACAAUUGCAACGUCAAAAAUCUGUCCUAGACGGCAAAAACUAGAGAUGGCAGUUAUAGACAGAUUCUCUCUAUAAUGGCCAUCUGUCUUAAACAACCAGUAUUUUUGGUUCCUUUUGGUUGUUAUAUUUAGGUGCUUGGAAAUUAAAGACACGAUUCCAACGGAGUAGUUAACAAUCUUACUCGCUAAACAAACAAAAUACAAGGCGAAGUUUAAGUAACAAAUAACACAUGUAACAUGACAUAAAUAUUAGGAAAUAAACACUUACUAGAAAUAUAGUGGCGUGAGCCAAGCCAACUACAAGUGAGAGAAAACAGUUGAAAAUGUAACUGAGAUACAGGACAACUCCUGUGAUAUGCGAAUAUAAAUUACUAAUUCACUCAACAGCGAAUGUAUUCCUGAAGUUUAUGUCCGACCUUGUCGCUACAUGCUGAAGACUGCUAGCACAGAAAAAGGAUGUGCAAGAUGUGCAAAACAAAACAGACUCAAGGGGAAAAUUUAACUAAAAAUAGUACCAAAAUUACAAUUAUUCUUUUACAUAAUUAACACAGGACAUCACAACACAAAACUAACGAAUAUAAUGCAUCUCGUACUCCACCGCAGAGCGAACUCUACAGCAGAGCACAAACGGGACAACACAAGGACAACACAAAUUACAUAACAAAUAUAAAUUUCAAUACGGCAGGAACAUUAUAUACCAGUUUGACUGUGCAUGUUUUUAACUUUUUAUUCAGUAGCUAGAGUUUCCCUGGUCAAAAGCUGCCCAUCCCUUUUUUUUCCAUGAUUGGGAAUUGUACAAAGUCUCCAACAAUUGGUUUCAAAACUAUGGAUAUGCAAUUUUACCAGUUCAUUCAGAGAAAUUAGCAUUCUGUAAAAUUUUGUGUCUUGAUAGUUUUAUGUAAGAAAUUGUGUUGAGUAUAUAUUAUAUGUACUGAAAAUUUUUAAUUAUCACAAGACUAAAUAUUAAGAGAAGUGUUUUCUGACACUAGUGAAAUUUUGUCUUUAACCGCAUUUUAAAUAGAAUUAAUAUGUAAGUAAAAAUUUACUUUAGUGUAAAUAAUGUUUUGUAGAAAAUGUUGGAGAUACCCUAUAAAGGCCUGGAAUGUUCGAUUCCUAUCUACAAGAAAAAAAGUGGAAACAAACCAAAGACUCCUUCCUAAAAAUGAAACUGGAGAUGCUUAUUUUAAGGAAUUUAUGAAAUUGUUAAAAUCCCAAAGAGAAUUACCUUUUAUUUAUUCUUCAAAAAAGACCAAUGUGAAAACUAUCACCCUGCCUUUUGUUAGUCAAAUGGGUAAGAGUUUUCAUUCACUUGGGGUAAAUAUAGAACUAACUCAUAGGCUAUAUAUGCAGGGGAUAACAGAACCUACAUUAGUUCAAACAGCCAGUUUACCCUUACUGUUAAAAGGUCGCAAAGCCAUUAUUGAGUCCGCAACUGGUAGUGGAAAGACACUGGCUUUUCUUUUACCAAUUUUGCAAAAUAUUGGCAAGAAGCCUUGUAGCAAUAUCAUCAUUGUUCCAACAAGAGAAUUGGCAUCACAAAUUUACAAAGAGGCUUUAAAGUAUGUUUCAGAUCAAAGUUUAGUGUCGAGACAUUGCAGUGGCAUUAACAUCGAACAUGAAAAAAAGUUAAUCCAUGCUUUACGUGACAGCAAGCUCUUGAUUGGUACACCAAAGAAGUUACUGGAGAUUGUUGAGGAAAACAUUGGUCAUUUUCGCAAUGUUAAAUGCGCAGUUGUUGAUGAAGUUGACAAACUUUUACCAUUUAAGUCCCUUCAUGGCAAAGCACAAAAGAAUCGUCUCAAUAAAACAAAACCAACAGAAAAGCUGCUAGCAAUACUGACUCAUUUUAGACCUUCUAUGCAAAUAAUUGCUACAUCAGCUACAAUAUCUUGGCAACUUGUUCAAGAAUUGCAAGAUCUUGGAUUGACAAAAAGUUGUGAAGUUAUCCAGCUUAACCCGCUUGAUUAUAAACAUGGUAAAAUACCAGAAAAUAUAAGUCAUUUCUUUUCAAUUGCACCUGAAGAAGAGGAUAAUUCACUACUGAAAUAUUGUUCACGAUUAUUUACACAUGCAAAAGUUAGUUCAGCUCUUGUGUUUAUUGCUAGAAGCAAAUCUGUUGAAAUGGCAGUUGAAGAAUUUAAAUCUAUGGGAUACACUGCCUCAGCUUUGUACAAAGAGUUACUAAUGCCAGCCCCCAACAGUUUUGAAAAUUUUCUGCAAAAUUUUAAAAAUGGUAAUAUACAAAUUGUUGUUGCAACAGAAGAGACAGUACGUGGUUUAGACUUUCCUUUUGUAAAACAUGUUUAUUUAACGUAUAUUCCAUACAGUGUUGAGAGUUAUGUACAUGUAGCAGGAAGGGCUGGGCGACUUGGACAAAAUGGCGUUGUAACUACAAUUAUCGCACCAUCUAGUGCAAAAAGUGAUAAAAAGAAAUUAAAGAAAUAUUAUUCACUUGUGGGUGUAAAAGGAAGACUAAUUCAAUUUAAAUAGGCUUUACUGUAAUCUUUUUUGUCAGUUUUUUAAUAUUGCUUUCACUAUAUAAA